AUAGCAACUUGUAGUGUCGACGUUUCCAGUUUGAAAAUUGAGGUGUUUUGUGAUAGGCAGGUGGAUAUUUUAUUAUAAAUAAUCAUCAUGAGCGUAAUCCAAUUAGAAACCGAGGACCGGCUGGAAUACAACUUCGUCCCGAACAAUGCCGGCUUCGUCCAAUUCCGAGUCCGGGCGGCCAACGACGCCCACAUAGCCCUGACCACCCAGGCGGCCGAGUGCGACCCCAUGUACGAGAUCUUCAUCGGCGGCUGGGGCAACUCCAAGUCGAUCAUCCGCAAGAACCGCACCAAACCGGACGUCGCCGAAGUGCCGACGCCCGGCAUCCUCAACCCCAACGAGUUCCGCGGCUUCUGGAUCCGCUGGCAGAACGGCACCAUCUCCGUCGGCAGGGAGAACGAGGUGCCGCCGUUCCUCUCGUGGAACGACUACGAGCCCGUCAACAUCGAGUACGUCGGCGUGUGCACCGGCUGGGGCGCCAGCGGCUCCUGGGUGAUCGAACCGCCGAGGGGCGGACCUGGAGGUUUCGGCGGCGCUCCUCCUUCCAACUACACGCAACCGAGAUCGAACUUCUCUUCGGUGUGCUGGGCGCCGAGCAGAGGGGGCCAAGUGCCUCCGAGGGCGUUCGCCGGCGGUGAAGACAACGGCGAGCCGCUGUACGUGAUCCGGGCGCAGUUCAACGGGGCCCUCAUUCCGGGCAAGCUGGUGCCCAGCCACGGCACCGGCUACGUCGCCUGGGGCGGCAACGAGAACGCCGUGCCGGAGUACGAGGUGCUCUGCGACUUCCCCGGCCAGUGGAUAGCUACUUCGGGAGGAAAUAUCCCGCCCAACGCUUUGACGGCCGGGCAAUCGGAGGAAGGGGAGCCCUUGUACAUCGGGAGGGUGGUGCACGACGGCGCUUUGACCGUGGGGAAGGUGCAGCAGAGCCACGGGGUGUGUUACAUCCCUUACGGGGGACAGGAGCUGUCGUUCCCCGACUACGAGGUUCUCGUGCAGUAAGCGAAGGGGGCGCUUCGAAGU